ACUGUCAAAAUCAAUAAUAUAUUAAUACAAACAAAAAUGACAAAAAAAAUGUGCUACUCUUUGGAAUUGUUUUUGAGGUGGCUAGUAAAAAUUGUUUUGCAAACAAGUUGAUAUUAGUUUAAAUGUGAACUUAUAUUAUUAGCCAAAACAAUUUGUUUUGUUUUUACAAAAUGUUAUUUAAAGGGGAGAAAAAAAAAAAUACUUCAAAUGAGAUGUUAAGCAAUCUCACAUGUGAGACUUAGUAGCAAGUGGACAAUUUAACAUGAAUAGAUUGAAUAACAAACCUCAAUUAACUUAUCUUUCAAACAUGAUUAUGACAUGUCAAUAUAUUUUACAAAGAAAAAUAAGAAAACAACGAUAUAAUGUUUAGUUUGGUAAAUAGUUAUUGUCUCUUAGCUAUUGAUUUUUUUUUAUUUAAUUUAUUUGUUGAACUGAAAGUAUUAGUCUUUUUUAUUGACAUAUAAACUAAUUGUUUAGAAAUAUAUUUGAUAAAACUAUGUAUAGUCUAUUGGUUAUUUUAUUUAUUAAAAAAAAUGAUCCAACAAGCUUAUUUUUAAUUGUGAAUCAUAAUUACGAAUGCAAAUUGUGUUUACCGGUGGAAUAUUAAGUCGAAGUUAAUUUUUAAGAACAAUAAUUUCAAACACUAACUUUUUUUCUGAAAAAAAUAAUUAUGUUUUAUAUAAAUAUAAAUAAUAGUUUGAUAGCUAUAGCCUAUUACUGUUAGUUUUUCUUCUCAUAAUAGUAUUAGUAAUACUCGUUAAUUCUAGUAUAUACUAUAUAAUUACAAUUUCUCAUUAUCAAAAUUAACAGUUUACAAUAGAGAUUGUCGGAUUAGCGUUCGGAUUAUCUACCCCAACCAAAUCGAAUAGGGGCGGAAGCGUUAAUGCUUUAGCCAGAAGCUGACACCAUCGGACUCGUGGCUAAUCGCUAGUUUUACAUGAUUACAUGAACCAUUGAUGAUUCAACCUUCCGUAGAAGAAACACAGUUCAACCAUUACUCGUAGAAACCCCCCCCCCCCCCCCAAACACAAAUCUCGAUGUUAUGUUCACUAUUCGUGGCAGCCUGAUCUUCAUAAUCAACUAAUCGAUUUGAAAGGUAAAAGUUCGAUACUUCGAUGCAAAACUAAGCUCUUACGAGUUAUGCACUUUCUUCAACUGCCAAAUUCGUCGAUUGAAUAUACAGAUUAUCUUUCUGUCUUCGCAUUUCAGGUAAAACAACGAAAACCCACCUUAUGAAUUCCGUUAUUUUGCUCCAUUAUGCAUUUCUGCAAGUAAACAAUGACCAAAUUAUGAAAAAAUUGGGGGAAAUUGCUUAAAUUUUUGUAUUUUAUCUGGGUUGAAUUUACCAAAUUAUAGAAAAUGUAUUAGGAAGAAAAAAAAUGGAGGGAAAGGGAAAUUCUCAAGAUUAUUUAAAUGGUGGGUUUCAUAAAUUUGAUGGUGAAGAAGGGGAGGAAGGGUUAUCCCCAAUAUCUUCACAGUAUUCGUCGUGUGACGGUGAAUCGGAGUUUGAUCGAUAUUGUAGUGCAAAUUCGGUGAUGGGUACUCCUAGCGUGUGUAGUUUUAUGGGAGUUUUUCAUGAUUCUUUGGAUUCUGAUUUCGGGUCAUUAAAGAGCUUAGAGGGUUUUAAGUUGGGUGGUGGUAGGCUUCAUGGGAAGCUUGAGGGGAAAUCUCAUUCAUUAUUAGGUAGGGAUCAUGGUUUGGGUAAUAGUUCGAUUAACAGUGAGUUUUGCGAGUUGGAAGAUGAGGAGGAAGGAUUGAGUUGUGUUGGUGGAUUAUUGGAGGGGUUGGAAGGUUUUAUGUUGGAUGGUGUUGCACUUCCUAGGAAGUUCGAGGGGAAUGGGGAUUUGGUGUCAGCUAGGGAGCAUAGUUUGGGAAAUAGUUCGAUUAAUGAUGCAAUUAGAGAGUCAAAAAAUGAGGAGGAAGGAUUGAGUUGUGUUGGUGGAUCAUCGGAGAGGUUUGAGGGUUUUAUGUUGGAUGGUGUUGCAAUUCCUAGGAAGUUCGAGGGGAAUGCGGAUUCAAUGUUUGGUAGGGAGCAUGGUUUAAGUAAUAGUUUGGAUGAUGAUGCAUUUUGUGAGUCAAAAAAUGAGGGGAAGAUGGGGAUUAAGGAUAAUGCGGGGAGUUCAUCGUCUAGUCGUCGAGAAAUGGAAGUGUUAGGGAGCAAAGCGGAGGCUAAAAGAGUUAAGUUGUUUGAUGGGGACGUUGGGAGGAAGGAAGAUUUGGCUGUACUUUUAAAGAAUGUUGAGAAUGCUUUAUUGCAAGGAGCAGUUGCUGCAAGAAGUGUUGCUGAGAACUUGUUGGAACAUGAUCAAGCGGAUGAAAUGGAUGAUGAGAGAUGUAGAGAAGUAGACAAGACGUCUUCUAGGUAUGAUCACUCAGAAGGUGAAGAUUCAAUGUUUAACUAUGGUUCUGAUGAUGGAUCAAAUCCUAGUGCAUACUAUGUGAGGAAUGCAGGGGAUCAUCAUGGUGAAGAUGCAAAAAGUGGGAAUUUAAUGCUGAUGAAUCCGUCGGUGGCUUUUGGGUCUAAUGAUUUGGAAGAUUUUGAGUUAGAUGGAAUGGGAGAUACAAAGCAGCUUCCUGAUAAUUUUUGGACAAGGCAGAAAUCAGGUUCUGAAAACGAAAUUGAUUCUCAAGAUUUGACUUUGAUGAGGCCAACUCUCAGCAAAGAUUGUCUUUGGCAUGAGAAAGAAAGCAAUGAGAGGGACGUUUGUUCAGACAACGAUGAUGUCCCAGAGUGCUCCCUUGGUUCAGCUAUGAAUCCUUGUACGCCUAAAUUUGUGGAAUCUGGGGCUCCAGAGGGCACCGGAGACAUAUCAGUAAGGUGCAAAUAUCCUAUCAGUAAUGAUGAUAUGGAUAAGUAUCUUGAUAAUUGUUCUUUAUACAACGAGUUCCAAAAGUAUCAAUGUCCUUCUAUACAUGUUGUCUCGGAAAUCGUCUCAACAACAUGCGAGAAGGAAAGAACGAAACUGGAUAUGACUAGUGAUACAAUAAGUGGUGACAAUGACCUUCCGGUCGCACAACAAUAUCCGAAUCCUCUGCCUGAUAUUGAGGCUGGUGGGGAAGCUUCUUUUCGUGCAAAUGAUGCCCAUGGAAAUCUUGAGUUGGAUCUCCUUCAAGGUCCUCAAGUGGAAUGUUUUGAGGGAUAUUUGUUAAAUUCAACAUCAACGCGGCUCGAGAGUGAAGAGGGAAGGAUUUACACUGACAUAAAUCUAUGCGGGAGUCAAUGCACAAGCAGAAAGGACAGAGAUUUGGAGUUGAAUGAUAUUUAUGAUGAGUUGGUACAUGAAAUGGAAGAGAUUUUGUUAGAAUCUCGUGAUUCCCCUUUGACGAGGCUAACACAAAGGACUAUUGAGUUCCAAUCUGAGCAGUCAUCAUCUUUGAAUGGUGGGAAUUCUAGUGCCCGUACUUCUGGUUUUGAGGAUGAUAACCCCUUGAUUCAUCAUGCUCUUAGGAUUGAUGGGGUUGAAGUAGUGGGUGCAAAGCAGAGAAAGGGAGAUAUCUCACUUAGUGAAAGACUGGUUGGGAUUAAGGAAUAUACUACAUACAUAAUACGGGUUUGGAGUGGUAAGAAUCGGUGGGAGGUUGAGCGUAGGUAUCGUGACUUUUAUGCACUUUAUCAUCAACUGAAAACAUCUUUUGCCGCUCGAGAAUGGAUUCUUCCAUUUGUGUGGUCUAAUGUGGACAAAGAAUCCAGAAAAUUCUUUGGUAACACUUCUCCAAAUGUUGUUGCUGAGAGAAGUUCUCUUAUCCAAGAAUGCUUAAGUUCCAUUCUUCAAUCCAAGUAUUAUUGCAGUCCUCCAAGUGCCCUGAUUUGGUUUCUCUCUCCACCAGAAGCCCUUUUGAAUUCUGCUCAGUCAAAUGAUGUGAUGAGGCAACCUAAUGUGGGGGCACGUACCGAAAGAGUUCCUAGUUUAGGGAAGAAAAUAUCUUUGAUAGUUGAUAUCCGACCCCACAAGUCUGUGAAUGAGCUUCUAGAUGCACAACAUUAUUCAUGUGCUGGGUGCCAUACUCAUUUUGACAAUGGUAAGACACGCAUUUUAGAGAUUUUACAGACCUUUGUUUGGGGCAAACCACGAUUUUGUGAAUAUACUGGACAGCUGUUUUGUUCUUCAUGUCAUACAAAUGAAAAUGCCGUUUUGCCUGCCAGAGUUUUACAUAACUGGGAUUUUACUCCAUAUCCAGUUUCUCAAAUGGCCAAGUCAUAUCUGGAUUCAAUUGUUGACAAGCCUAUGCUCUGUGUGAGUGCAGCAAAUCCGUUCCUCCUUUCUCGUGUCUCUGUGCUGCGUCAUGUUGUGGGUGUUAGGAGGAAACUUGGGGCAAUGCUUCCAUACAUCACCUGCUCUUUUCGGAGGUCUAUCUACAAAAGACUUGGACAUCGUAAAUAUCUUCUUGAAACAACUGAUUUUUUUGCAUUAAGGGAUCUCUUUGAUCUCUCCAAAGGAGCAUUUGCAGGUCUUCCUACUAUAUUAGAAGCUGUCUUGAAGAAAAUAGAGGAGCACAUUACGGAGCUUUGUCUUGAGUGCUGCGACCAUGGAGUUCCGUGUGGUGCUCGACAGGCCUGUGAUAACCCAUCCUCUCUUAUUUUCCCUUUUCAGCUAGGGAAGCAAGGUAAAUUAAAGAUGAGGAGUCAUGAACAUCUUUCUUUGCCACUCCAGACUCCAGAAAACCUCGAUAGUAUGUCAUUAUGCCUGAUGCUCCAAUGCUUUUUGGGUCAUUAAUUAUUAAGUCCAUGAUUAAAUAAAGUCGGGCUCAUUUUAUCUUGCCCGAAACACCAAACUCUAGCCUAUAUAUGUUAGUUGGACUCUUCGUUGCACCUCAAAUAAUCGUAUCAAACUAUUGAAUAAUGGCACUCCAACAUCAGCGUGACACCUCGAAGCUGCAUUUUGGAUCAAAAUUAGGGAAUUUUUUCAAGAAAUAGCCAAGUCUGAUCCUUGUAUGCCUAUCCAUGUCAGACAUCUGAGUCCAAGCAACACAGCCUCGCAUGCACCGGCCAGUUUAUGACUGAAUGUUUCUGAAUACUGAUUAUGAUUUAUGACUGAAUGUCUAUUCCAUGUGACAUUAAUCUACCCCCUUCACCAAGCAUCAUGAAUUUAGACCUCCAGGAAAGUUGCAUAUUUUGCUGAAAAUUAGAAGUAUCUUGUGCUGUAUUUUUAAAUAUUGAAAUGGAAUGUUGGAUAGAAGAUGGAUAGAAGAAAGGUAUUACACAGAGUACCCAAGUAAAAUCUUUCCAAACCUAAAUUAUGGGGGAUAUUGCACGACUAAUAAUGUAAAGUGAUCACUUUUGAAGCUCAUUAUUGUCUCCUCACUUGAUAUACUGACUGUCGUGAAUCAUUCAUUA